GCGCACAGAUGAAAACGAUAGGAUCAGGAAAUCAACUUGAACAUGUAGUCCAUUCUUGUGGAAAGACGAAGCUACAACGAAAGACUGAACUGCUCCCCAAACUACCACAGCCAUGGCCAGUUUGGUAUCAGAAGAUCAAGACACAGGGUUCAUCAGCAAACACAAGGGGGAGCUAGAGAUGCGACUUGGUCUCCUUGCACCUCUUCUGAUCGAUCUGGAGCGUUGCAGUGUUCUCUCUCGUCUAGAGAGGGAACAGGUGCAGAACAAGCAGCUAACCAGUCAAGAACAGAGCCAUGUUCUUAUAACAAUGCUGGAGAAGAAAGGAGCCGUGGCCCAACAGAAGUUCUAUGAGGCUUUGAAGUCUCAUGACCCUCUUUUGGUGGAGGAUCUUCAGCCUUCAGCACCAGGCCCAGCAGUGCCUGAGCCACAGCAAGGAGGAGAUGCUGCAAAGAUAGUUACAAAAUCUUCACUGAAACUGAAGCUUCAGAACCAUCUAAAACAGAGGUUUUCUACUAUAAACCAACAUGAUAAAAAGUACAAUGUACAAGACAUGUACACUGAUCUUUACAUCGUAACGGGCCGCACUGGAGGAGUCAGUUGUGAACAUGAAGUGGCAGCAAUUGACAUGACACAAAUUGGGGCUAGACCAAGCUCUGAAGAUGAACAAGUCAAGAUAGCAGACAUAUUCAAAGUCAAAUCUUACAGCAAAGUUUUGACUUUGGGAAUUGCUGGUGUGGGAAAAACUGUUUCAGUGCAGAAGUUUGUCAUGGACUGGGCUGAUGACAAAUCAAAUCAAGACAUAGACUUUGUUUUUGUUUUUUUAUUUCGAGAGCUAAACUUGAAGAAAGGUAAAUGCUUGAAUCUUUUAGGUCUUCUUUUGUUAUUCUACCCUGAUCUCAAAGAUUUGAAAACAAUUACAGAAUUCAGUGAAAGCAAAAUUCUCUUGAUCUUUGAUGGUUUGGAUGAAAGCAGACUCCAGCUGAACUUUGAAGAGUGGACCUCUGAGCCUGACAAAGAAUUCUCCGUGGACAUCCUCAUAUCUAGUCUCAUUAAAAGUAUGCUACUGCCCUCUGCACUCAUCUGGGUUACAACCAGACCAGCAGCAGCCAGUCUGAUCCCUGAUGAUCUCUUCAACUUGGUGACAGAGGUGCGAGGAUUCAAUGACACACAAAUAAUCGACUUCUUUAAGAAGAACAUCAAGGAUGCAGCAAAGGCCAACAGUAUCACUGAUCAUAUCAAAAAGAACAGAAGCCUUCACAUCAUGUGUCACAUUCCAGUAUUCUGCAGUAUCAUAGCGAGCGUACAGGAUGAAAUACUGAGCAAUGAGAGCAAAGGAAAAGGGGCCAAAACGCUGACGGAAAUGUACACACUUUAUAGUGUAACUCAGAUCAAAACAAUGAAUGAAAAAUACAAGGGCAAGAUGAGUGCAAAAGAAAAAGGCCAGUUGCUUGUUAAGCUUGGGAAACUGGCAUUCAAACAUCUAGAGAAAGGCACGCUGAUCUUCUAUGAGAAAGACUUGACAGAGUGUGGUAUUGAUGUUGCAUCUGGAACAUUGAGGGCUGGCCUUUGUACUCAGAUCUUCAACGUGGCGAGUGCUUCAACUGGAGAGGAGCUAUUCAGCUUUGUGCACUUAAGCGUACAGGAAUUCUUGGCAGCUCUUUAUGUUCUUAAGAAAAAUUCAACUCACUGGACCAAUCGCCCCUUAGUGAAUACACUGAAGAAGACCAGCUGGCUGUCCAAACACUCACGGGUUCACCUCUACACAUCUGCUGUGGAUGAAGCACUGCAAAGCCCAAAUGGACAUUUGGAUCUCUUUGUGCGCUUCCUUCUUGGACUGGCUCCAAUGUUGGAGCCUACAAUCCGGUCCCCACUAGAUUUGAUUCUGCCACGUUUAUACAUCAGAGAAGAGAGCAUCAGCAAAACAGUUCAACACAUCAAAGAGAAGAUCAGGGAAGACAUCUCAUCAGAACGGAUCAUCAACCUCUUCCACUGUUUAAAUGAGCUUGGGGACAACACACUGGUUGAGGAAAUCAACAGGUACAUAAAGUCAGCAGAUGAGGAGAAGAAACUGACUCCAGCCCAGUGUUCAGCUCUGGCUUAUGUACUGCUGAUGUCAACUGAAGACCUGGAGGAGUUUGAUCUCAAGAAAUACCUGAGAUCACAGGAAGGGUUCUGUCGAAUGCUUCCUGUAGUGAAAGUGUCAAGAAAACUUUGGCUAAAUCACUGCAAGCUCUCCCAAACAAACUGUCAAACCAUGGCAUCAGUGCUGCAAAGAACACCUUCCCAUCUGAGAGAACUGGAUAUGAGUGACAAUGAUCUGCAGGAUGAAGGAGUGAAGCUGCUCUGUGUAGGAUUAAGAAAACCGCAGUGCAAGCUGGAGACACUGAGGCUGAAUCAGUGUCACCUCUCCAAAGCAAGCUGUGAAAUGAUGGCAUCAGUGCUGCAGAGGACACCUUCCCAUCUGAGAGAACUGGACAUGAGUGACAAUGACCUGCAGGAUGAAGGAGUGAAGCUGCUCUGUGCAGGACUAAGAGUUCCACAAUGCAAGCUGGAGACACUGAGAUAUGUUGGCUGUAAACUCACAGAUAAAUCGUGUGAGAUUGUGGCUUUGGUUCUGCAGUCAUCAAACUCCCUGAUGGAACUGGACCUGAGUCACAAUAACCUGGGAGAUUCUGGAGUUCAGCUCCUCUCUAAGGGACUGUCUAGUCCCAACUGUAAACUGCAGAUAUUAAGGCUCAGUAAGUGUGGAAUCUCAGAUGAAGGUUAUGUUUUACUGGCUCUCACUCUGAUGUCAAACCCUUCCUGUGUGAAAGACCUGGAUGUGAGCAACAAUCAUCCUGGAGAAUCAGCACAGAAGCUGUUGACUGCUACACUGGAAGAUCCUCACCGCAAAGUUGAAGCAAUUCAUCCAAGCUGUCAAGCUACAAAGUCUGUAAUUGCUGCAGGAGGAGGAUUCUGA